UAUAUAUGAGAAGAGAACAACUCUGUUAAGUCUACCUUUAAACAGUCGUCUGAUGUCGCCAAUCUGCGCUUUGUAUUAAGAUCGCCAGGAGUUUUCAUCUGACUUUGCAAAUUCUCCCACUAGUGCUGCUCCACUUUUCCCCUGAAAUAGCUCUCUACGGCUGUCACAGGAGUGUGCUUGUCAUUAUUCCGACGGUUUCCUUGCCUGUCGCAACUCGUUGCAGCUCUGGCAGCUUCUGACAAGUGAUGGCACGAUCGCGAUCUCCUGAAGGCAGCGCCGAUAGGCGUCGUGAUCGUAGCAGAGAUAGGGAUCGAGAUGCUCGAAAGCGGGAACGCAGUCCAGCGGCUAGGGAUGCAAGAGCAGAGACCAGGGAUCCCAAGAGACGCAGAAGUGCCAGUCCUGCAAGGAAAGUGGACAGAGCGCGCAGCAGAAGCCGGGAGAGAGCACGGCGCCCUGACAGCAGGGAAAGGAACAGGGAGAGGGAUAGAGAGAGGAGAGAGGACAACCGCGAUGCUGGGAAGGAAAGGGAAACCAGUGACAGGAAGGACCGGGACAGGGAAAGGGACAGGGAUAGGGACAGGGACAGAGAUCGGGAGAGAGAUCGGGACAGGGAUCUCACUGCCACAAGAAGACGAGACGGGGACAGAGAUGACAGGGGAAGGGAAGCAGACAGAAGCACGAAGGACAGCUCGCCCAAGUGCGUGUAUGUGCAGGACCGUGAGCGCGAGAAGGAGCUGCUGCUGAUCAAGCAGCAGUACCUGGGCACAGAGAAGGUGCGCAAGAAGACGCUGAAGCCGAGCGAGAAGUUCCGCUUCAACUUCGACUGGGAGGCCCAGGACGACACAUCCAAGGACCUCAACCCGCUGUACAACAACACGCACGAGGCCGCGCUGCUCUUUGGCCGCGGCCUGCGCGCCGGCGUCGACCGCCGCGAGCAGAUGAAGGCCGCCGCCGCCCACCAGAACGACGUCAUGAAAAAGAUGCGCCAGUCCGCGGGGGUGUCGGAGACGAAGGAGGACAGGCAGAGGGACAAGGACCGCAAGCAGGCGGCGGAGAUGUACGAUGACUUUGACAAGCGCGUGGAGAAGCACUGGACAGAGAAGGCGCGGGAGGAGAUGACGGAGCGCGACUGGCGCAUCUUCCGCGAGGACUUCUCCAUCGCCUAUAAGGGCAACACCGGCUCGACGCUGCCCAUCCGCAACUGGCAGGAGGCCGGCCUGCCCCAGCCCCUCAUGGAUGCCAUUGAGAAGAUGAAGUAUGUGAAGCCGUCGCCCAUCCAGAUGGCGGCCAUUCCGCUGGGCCUCAAGUUCCGCGACGUCAUCGGCGUGGCCGAGACGGGCUCCGGAAAGACGGCCGCCUUUGUAUUCCCCAUGCUCGUCUACAUCAUGAACCAGCCCAAGAUGACCGAGGAGAUCGCGGCCGAGGGCCCCUACGCCGUCGUCAUGGCACCCACUCGCGAGCUCGCGCAGCAGAUCGAGGAGGAGACGAUGAAGCUGGCGCAGUUCACGGAGUUCCGCAUGGUGAGCGUGGUGGGCGGGCAGAGCAUCGAGGACCAGGGAUUCAAGCUGCGCAAGGGGUGUGAGAUCGUGAUCGCCACUCCCGGCCGCCUGCUGGACUGCCUGGAGCAGCGCUACGCCGUCCUCAACCAGUGCAACUACGUCGUCCUCGAUGAGGCAGAUCGCAUGAUCGACAUGGGUUUCGAGCCCCAGGUGCGCGGGGUGCUGGACGCGAUGCCGAGCACAAACCUGAAGCCGGAGCAGGAGGAUGAGGAGCUGGAGGAAAACCGCGUGUACCGCACCACCUACAUGUUCAGCGCGACCAUGCCGCCGGCUGUGGAGCGCCUGGCGCGCAAGUACAUGCGCCGCCCCGUUGUCAUCAACAUCGGCUCCGCCGGCAAGGCCACCGACAGCGAGGUGGUCAUCUGCAAGGACAACGACAAGCUGCGGCUGCUGGAGGACCAACUGUCUCGCGUCGGCGACAAGCGCGUCAUCGUGUUUGUCAACACCAAGACGCACUGUGAUGUGGUGUCGCGCCACCUGGACCACCUCAGCUACCACUGCACCGUCCUGCACGGCGGCAAAACCCAGGAUCAGCGUGAGGCAGGCCUGGCAGGCUUUAGGGAGGACAAGUACAACGUGCUGGUGGCCACGGACGUGGCCGGGCGCGGUAUCGAUGUGCCGGACGUGGCGGCUGUCAUCAACUACGACAUGCCCCACAGCAUUGAGCAGUACACCCACCGCAUCGGCCGCACUGGGCGCGCUGGCAAGACCGGCUACGCUGUCACCUUCCUCACCAUGUCGGACACGGAGGUGUUCUAUGAUCUGAAGCGGCUGCUGGAGGAGAGUGGGGCAAAUGUUCCAUCACAGUUGGCACACCACGAGGCUUCAAAGGUCAAGCCCGGCUCUGUUCAGGAUCGGCCGAGGAAGGACCAGGUUGUGUACAGUAACAAGUGAUCCCUGGCAGAAAAUGGCCGAAUUGCUUUGCAUUCCUGAGGUGACUUGCAGUGUCAGGCAUUGUCUCAGAUGAUCAAAUUUGUCACAAGGCUUUUUAAUCUGACAUAUUGGAUCAUUCAGCGCCCGAUAUAUACUAGCAACUGCAGAGAAGAAAUUUGCAGGGCCGGGCUGCAUCAUUUUGACUUAUUUCCAAAAUUUCAAGCCUUGUGUGCUUGCUGCUCUUUAUAAAACGAUGUUGCGGUCAUGAUGAUGCCAGCGUGCCACCGUGUAUAUGUGCCAGUGGCAGCCGUCUACAAUAUUGUAGACGGCUGCCACUGCUGAUUACAAUUAAUUGUAAUCACGGGCAGUACUGCCACUAGUGGGC